AUGAGUACCAACGGAUAUACAGAUGAACCAGUUAGCAAAAAGCGUAGAACGGGAAAAGAAAGCAAUUUACAUACGGAAAUAAAAUCUAAUCCAGAACAUAAACAAAAACCGAGGAAAAAGCAUAUUCCUAAUUUUCGCUUAAAAUCAACUGGAGAAACUGCAUCUUUAAGUGUAGAAAAUAAUGAAAGAGUUCCGUUACUACUUACAGACAUACAACAUUUAUUAUUACAUUCUUUGUUAGGGAACCUGAAUUUAACACAGCCACCACGUUGGUAUGUAUUAGAUAAAUGUAGUCACAUAAGUCAAACCUCUUGUCUAAUUAUUGAAGGUAUAUCUAUAGAACAUUGGGUAAAAUAUCAAAGCACCAUGUCUAAUACAGUUAAAAUAUUUAACAAUUUUGUAGAAAUUCUUACUCCUUCAAUAUAUAAUGGCUCACUAGUUAAAGAGCUAGCUUUAGUGCCUUUAUCAGAAUCAGAAAAAGAGAGCAUAAUACAAAAAUAUGGCAGUAUUAAUCUAGCUCUACAGGUGCGAAAGGAUUUAAUGAUUAUGAUGAAAGCUAUUUUUCCUAUAAAUGAUGGAAUACCUGAAAAUCCAGAAAAAAAUAUUCUUGGUGAGAAAUUCCCUAGAACACAACUGAUACUUUCUGCAUGGCAAUUGAUUGAGGAAAAUUAUCCAGUACCAUUAAAGGGUAAAUUAAAAAAUAUUUAUGCAGAUUAUGUUAUGACUAAAGAUGAAUAUAAGCCUGUAACAGCAACAUCACCAAUGUUUGGUUUGGAUUGUGAAAUGUGUAUGACCAACAUAGGUUCUGAACUUACAAGAGUGUCAGUAGUAAAUGAGAAGUAUGAAACUGUUUAUGAGUCUCUUGUUAAACCCUACAAUAACAUUGUUGAUUACUUAACAAAGUAUUCAGGAAUUACUAAAUCAUUACUAUCAAAUGUAACUAAAAGAUUAGAAGAUGUACAACAAGAACUUCGAGAGCUUCUACCCCCUGAUGCAAUAUUAGUUGGGCAAUCUUUAAAUGUGGAUUUGCAUGCCCUAAAAAUGAUGCACCCUUAUGUUAUAGAUACCAGCUUAAUCUAUAAUUUUACUGGAGAAAGAACCAGAAAACCGAAAUUGAAAGUAUUAGCUAAAGAAUUUCUUAAUCAAAAUAUUCAAAAUGGAAAUAAUGGACAUUGUUCUGUAGAAGAUUCUCUGGCUUCACUAAAACUUGUUCAGCUAAAACUUAGUAAAAGUAUAGAAUUUGGAGAUGCUGUGCAUACAAAUAGAGAAAAAUAUAAAGAAAAUAUAUUAAAAAUGUCUGUAGAACCACAUUUAGCUUUAUCUAUAUUUAAUCAUAUAAUUGAACAAAAAAAAACAUCUUUAGUAGUUGGGUGUGAUAAUAUAACAGGUGACUAUCACACCUUUUUAACUCAAGCUAAGGAAAGUUUAAGCAUACAAUUGAAAAAAUGCAAAACUAAAAAGGUGAAAUUAAAUACUGUGGAUGAUGUGGAAGAAGUGAUAUCUUCAGUAAAAGAUGGAGUUAAUGAAUACAAUUUAGUAAUGGGCCAUUUAAAACUUAACUGUCCUGACAAUGAUGAUGAUGAAAUUAAAACAAUGCAAAGAAUAGAUGAUUGGAUUGCAAGUAUUUGGAGUAGUCUUCCGGCUUCAGCUCUAUGUGUAGUUGUGUUUGGUGGUACUACUAGUGACAAUGGCAUUGCAAUUAUGAAAGUCAAGAAUACUUUA